AGUUCAGUAUUGCCUUGCCGUUGUAGACUGGCACAAGUGGGAGCAGAAAUAAGCGCGAACAUGACAGGAGAAACGGUUAUCUUGGCCUAUUCCGGCGGACUGGACACCAGUUGCAUCCUCAAAUGGCUGCUGGACAAGCAGUACGACGUCAUCUGUGUCCUGGCCGAUGUUGGCCAGAAAGAGGACUUUGCGGCGGCCGAAAAGAAAGCUCUCAAGAUCGGUGCCAAAAAGGUUAUCGUGGUCGAUGCAAAGCAGUCAUUCGUGGAGGACUACAUCUGGCCGGCCAUACAGAUGGGCCUCAUCUACGAGGAACGCUAUCUGCUGGGCACCUCGCUGGCCCGGCCCUGCAUCAGCGUGGCCCUGAUGGAGGUGGCGCGGCAGUACGAUGCCAAGUACCUGGCCCACGGUGCCACCGGCAAGGGCAACGAUCAGGUGCGCUUUGAGCUCUGCGCAUAUGCACUCAAGCCGGAUCUGAAGAUCAUCGCUCCCUGGCGCGACGAGGCGUUCUGCCGUCGCUUUCAGGGGCGCCAGGAUCUCAUAGUGUAUGCCCAGGCGAAUGGCAUCGAGGUGAGCGCCAAGCCGUCCACUCCCUGGAGCACCGACGCCAAUAUCCUGCACAUUAGCUACGAGUCUGGGGUUCUGGAGAAUCCCAAUACUGUGGCACCGGCCAGCCUCUACGAGAUGACCGUCGAUCCAUUGGUGAAUGCCCCACGGGAGCCUGUCCGAGUUGUGAUCCAUUUUGAGCACGGUCUGCCCACCCGUGUCGAGGACCCAGCCAACAAGUGCGUCUAUCGCACACCCCUGGAGAUGCUGAAGUUCCUCAAUGAUGUGGGCGGCUCCUAUGGCAUCGGGCGCAUCGACAUUGUCGAGAAUCGCUAUGUGGGUCUCAAGUCCCGUGGCGUCUACGAGACCCCGGGCGGCACCAUCCUCUACACGGCCCACCAGGAUCUGGAGGUGUUCACGCUGGACCGCGAAGUGCUCCGCACCAAGCAAGUUCUGCGCGAUCGCAUGAGCGACUAUGUGUACAAUGGAUUCUGGCUCAGUCCCGAGGCCAUCUAUGCCCAGCGCUGCAUUGCGCUGGCCGAGCAGCGGGUCUGCGGCCAGGUAACCAUGGAGCUGGCGCCCGGCUAUUGCCGCGCCAUUGCCCGCAAGGCCUCUGAGGCAGACGGUGCGCUGUACAACGAGCAGCUCGUAUCUAUGGACGUGCACGGGGGAUAUGUGCCACAGGAUGCGGGUGGUUUCAUUGCGAUCAAUGCCGUGAGGAUACGGGAGCAUGUGCGUGCCUUUGGACCCUACGAAGUGGCCAAGCAAACGAAAUAAAUGUGCAAAAUCUGAGCUUUUCUGACCGCUCGCACCAAAAA